AGCAUCUUUACUGUCGGCUGUACUCUCUUUUCAGCUCGCGAUAUCCUUUCAAAAAUCUGUCCUCUGCCUUGAACACAUUAUCCAUAAUGGUCUCAAUAGCCGAUAUUCUUCAUCGAACGGUCGUUAUAGGAUGUGUUGGUGUCUCAAUAUGGGGCAUCGGGACUGGGUUCGCUGUGCAUACGCAUACUAUGAAGAGGGGUCAAGAGAUUAUGGACGAACGGAAAGCGUUGGGUCUUACUGAUGAACCAGUAGACAAGAAAACUAAACAAGAGGAGCAGAGCGAGGCACGGUGGGCGGAGGAGGCGCAGGCCGUCCUCAAAGCUCGCGGCGCUUCUAAUCUGCAUCCAUCCACCGUCGAUGGAUCGGCUGGACGUCCAUAAUGAUGGGAUAUGCUUUGGGCUGCGUGUGAGGACGUCGUGGGGGGUGUGGCUGAUGGUCCCGUGUUUUUCUGUAACAUCAUCUGUAUAAAAUAUUCACCUCUUAUUCGCCCCCACUAUCAAUGCUUGUAGAUGUUUGUCUGUAGAAAGCCGUUCUGCGGGAUGGCAGGAUACCGCGAGUGCUAGUCAACCAGGCUCUUCGUCUCACCACCAGGGUUCUCAUCGUCUACGCCGUUUUCUCAGUACGAUACGACCACCACCUGCACACACGUAGGACGGUCAGACACUGUUCUCGUCGUCGACACUCGCUUAUAGCUCACUUACCGACGGGG